UCUUCUUCAGGUACAGCGAUGGAGUACCAGAAGUUCCGUGUGACGCCGGAGAGUGUGGAGGUGAAGGAGGGCGAAGAGGUGUUCCUGAGCUGUGCCGUCGACCACCAGCAGGGGAAGGCUCAGUGGACAAAGGACGGCUUCGCGCUAGGGUUCCAGCGUGACGUGCCAGGCUACCCACGCUAUUACUACACCGGCGACCCUCAACUGGGCGAACACCACCUGGUCAUCAGAGGCGUAACUCUCACUGAGGAUGGGGAGUACCAGUGUCAGGUCGGCCCUACUAUGACCAAUCCACCAAUAUGGGCAGCAGCCAAUGUUACUGUUAUAUUGGAGCCGACAAGCAUUACCAUCGUGGGCUGGGAGGACGGGUCGGUGGUGGAGGUAAUGGCUGGCACCUCCCUCACCUUAGAGUGUCUCGUAGCUGACGCCAGGCCUCCUCCUCAGGCAGUCUGGUACAGAGGGACCUAUCAGGUUGAUUCAGAGCUUCAAGAGGACCGGGUGGAGGCGUCGCAUAUGGCCAGAAGGUGGAGCGGGAGGAGUCAGUUGGUAGUCACGGCGACGGCUGACGACGACGGGAAGGUGUUCUCCUGUCAGGCCCGUCACCCAGCUCUCACCAAGGAUCAACACACCCUCACCGCCUCCAUCACCCUCUCCGUCCUCCAUCCGCCAGGGCAGCCAACCAUUCACGGCUACAACACUGGUGAGAUCUUAUUGGCAGGGGAGCGACGUAACCUCUCGUGUAGCGUGUCUGGAGGUAACCCACGUCCUUGGGUUCUCUGGUAUCGCGAGGGGCGCCUUCUAGACGACACAACGGCCCUCGAUACUGCAGGAGUUCACAACGCCUUCGAGGUAGUGGUGACGGCGGAGGAGGACGGCGCCGUGUAUGAGUGUAGUGUCACCAACGACUUGCUCAAGAAUCCCCUCACGUCCAACGUCACCCUCACCGUCUACUACGCGCCCCGGCUGGUGGCCAUCACAGGUCCCUCACAGGUUGAGGAGGGCAAGACUCUCGACCUUACCUGCACCACCAGCGUCUCCAACCCACCAGCUUCUCUCACCUGGUCAGUGGCAGGCGAGAUAGUGGAGGAGACCAAGUCGGUGGUGGGGCGGCAUGAGGACGGUGGGUGGGUGACCUCGUCUGACCUGAUCCGUUAUCCGAUGGGGCGGGCCAACGUGUCAGAGGUCAUGGUAGAGUGCCACGCCCUUAACCCCGCCGUCAACCACAUCGUUAAGCAGUUUAAGAGCAUCACUGUUACGAAGCCGCCAGGAGUACCUGUGUUUGAGGGGAAUCUCCGGAGAGAGGUCGUCGCUGGCACUACUCUGGACGUGACCUGUACAACUGUAGGAGGACACCCGCCACCCACCAUGAGGAUCUAUAAGGAGGCGGAGGCAACCCUGACUGACCUGCGGCGUGAGGGUAACCUGACGAGGGCGCGGGCUGAGGUGAGAGUGGCACCUGAGGAUAACGGCGCCAAACUUACCUGUGAAGCCAGCUCGUCUCCACAGACUACCCCGGUCUCCACGUCCUCCACCCUCACCGUUCUGUUCGCGCCAUGGGAGGUGCGAGGGUCAGCCACACCCAGCACGGUGGAGGAGGGGCAAUUGGUGAGUCUCUCGUGUGAGUCGUCCUCGAGUCUCCCGCCCUCCAACAUCACGUGGACCUCCGAGGGCGUCGUUAUGGAGACCGCUGACAUCUUCACCUCCAGGGGCGCUUUCGGUGGCACCAAAACAAGGUCUGAACUAAAGUUGGAGACGACAGCUGACGACGACAAGAGACUAUUCGUGUGUACUGCAGGGAACGGCCUCGAUGACCCCGUACACGAAGACAUUGUUUUGGACGUCCUUCACUCUCCCAUCUGGCUAGCCAAGCCCCCGGAACAGCUGGACGUGUAUGAGGGAGCAGACCUUGUGAUCACCGCAGCUGCUACUUCGAACCCAGGACCUAUCACGUACUUGUGACGCAGGGAGGAGAAGGAGCUGGUGGCCGGGGCUGGCGAACUGCAGCUGACGCGGGUCUCCAGGACUUACACCGGCACCUUCUCCGUCCUCGCCUCCAGCCCCAAAGGCUUCGUCAACG